AUGACUGAUCAGUAUGUGAUACUCUGCCAGGUCUUAGGUGGCCCUCCUUUUAUGUGCUUCAGAGAAGCUCCAGCCCUGGAAACCAAAGCCCUCUCUCUAACAGGGUCUCUGAUCACUACAGGAAGAGAUGACUCCACAAUAAAUUGCUCAGGCCAGCAUGGGGUGGGUUUGUCUCCCUUCCAGGCUAUAUUUAAUCAGAAGGCCUUCCAUCCAGCCAUCAGCCACAGCAUCCCCACUCCUGUCAAUAUUUCUUCAGGGCCUGGGAAUUUUGUUGGUAUCAACAAACUCACUGUCUCAACUGAAAAUCUGUGGCUCCCAGAUAUCUCUUUCCUAAACAGCAUGAAUGUGGAUCAGACACCUUCAGGUCUUACCAUCUAUAUCAAUGAUGAAAGUCAAAUAAAGUAUAGUGAGCCAAAAUGGACAACCAGCAUCUGCAACCUGGACAUGUUCUUAUGGAAUCUUAUGUGGAUAGCACACUUCUGGGCAUGGACAAACACUGUUUGGACCCAGGGAGAAUGGGAGCUCCUGAGCAGCAAUGCCACUUCAGAGAUGUCUGUUGGCAGCAACUUGUAUGACAAGAUCAUGUUCCCAGUGGCCAUCAGAUGCAGACCCAAGCUCUAUGUGACAAACCUCCUGGUGUCCAGCAGCUUUCUGGUGGCCAUUGAUGCCCUCAGUUUCUACCUGCCAAGAGAAAAUCAGAAUCAUGCCCCAGUCAAAAUGAUCCUUCUGCUGGGCCACAAUAAUGUCUACUUUGCCCUGUGUCUGGUGGCCAGCCUGCUGGAGACCAUCUUCAUCACCUACUUUCUUUACCUGCCCUUCACCCAGCCCCCACCCAUGACUGGAUAGCUCCACUCCCUGCAGAGGCACUGCACCCGCCCAAGGAGGUGCUGCCCUGGGCCCCAGAAGGGGAAAAAGGGCCUAGAUCUCAGGCCCAGAAGCAGUUCUGAUGGAGUGUGGGUAGAGUUAAGCCACCUGGUGGACAUCCUGCUGUUCUAUCCCUACCUGCCCUUCAUGGCCUCCUCCAUCAUCAUGGUCAAUGUCCUCUAGAGACAUAGCACCAUGCCUGUCGCAUCCCAGGUGCAUCAUACAGAUCUGUUGAAUGAGUGCAUGUGUGAUGAAUGA